AUGGAAUCGGCAUCCAGUCAACUUCCAGUCGGUGUACAUAAAGGAAUGUUAGUCACUCUCAUCCGUAAUCAACUACUCCCUCGACCGAUGGAUCCCUCUGUCCACGAGAAGGCUCACCUCAAGCGCGGGAAGGCCUGCUAUCACUGUCGAACUCGCAAAACGAGGUGUGACGGUGCGCUCCCGUCGUGCGGGCCGUGUGUGCGUUCAGAAUGCGUGGACGAUUGCGAAUACGUUUCCCUUGGACAGAAGGCGAGGGUGCAGAUCCUUCAGGAGCAGAUUAUGGAUAUCGAGGCAAAAAUACGACGUCGCGCAAACGACAAGCGUCAAUCUGCACCCAAGAGAAAGGAGAAGUCGAGAGACGCAUCUCUUUCCGCGUCAAUCUCCCCAUCCUCGCGCAGCUCUUCAUCGAUGUCGUCUUUGCCUUGUGCUAGCUCUCCAGCUGAUUCCUUCUCGCCCCGAAGCCCCCCUUCGCUGUCCUCGACCUCUCCCUCCUCCCCUCAAGCACGAGAUCCUAUUGAACCUUUCCCCCCAGAGGCUUUCACCGAAGUCAUUCCUCUGCAUGUAGCCCACGUCUUGUUCGUUAUGACCUUCCUUCGUCUCUUAUCGUCUGUUUGCUUACCGUGGCUCAGCUGGGACACUUUUUUCGCGCACGCGACCGACUUCUGCUUCUUUCUCGACGAAGCCCUGAACAAGUUCCGCCCUAUCGCUGGUCGCCCGAGCUGCAUGAGUCCGGCACUUACAGCCACUAUCUACCUGCUCUCCGCGCAUAUCUUGGCACAUCCGAGCAUGGACAACCUGGAGUCCUUCCUCGUUUCCACUGCGUGUAAUCUGUUGCCGAAGGAGCUUGCAAUGCCCACUGUCAACGUCGCUGAGGUCUUGCAGGCGGAGCUGCUGCUGGCCCAGUAUUUCUUUGCUCGGGACCGUCACACAGAAGCCCGCUUUCAUAUGUCCGUCGCCUUGGGUCUGGCGUUUGGCUGUGGGCUCCCGGAGCAAGUGUGUCCUGGCCUCGAUCCAAUACGAUCUCGAACAGCCUAUCUCUUCCUACUAUCCCUAGACAAUGCAUGGUCUACAGCGCUGGGCUACGCCUCUCACGAACCGCUCUCUUCAGCUCUCCGUGAUUGCGAAUGCAAAGUAUUGAACGAUGUGUGGUCGACAUCCGGGUUUCCGGGGCAUGCCGUUCUUCUCACGAAGUCCGUUUCUCUCUGGCAGGGCGUUGAGGAAUUAAUCACCAGUUCGUGUUGCGGAAGGCACUGCCCGCCAUAG